AUGGCUCUAGAAUUUUUAAGGUGGGAACUUAUGGUGUUAGAAGAAAGAGUUCGUUUACAAGAAAGGCGUAUUGAAAUAAGGGUUUUGAGAGAUGAACAAAAUCCUAUUGAUCUCCCUCUCGAAGAAUUUAUAUUUAUGUUCUGCAUAAGUCAGGAAUUAGAAUUCGACGUCAUAAAUAUUAUUAGGCCUUUAUUCCAAAGUCAACGUUCUUCAGGGUUAUCUCCAGAAGUGCAAUUCCUAGUUACUGUUCAUUUCUAUGCUCAAGGUAGUUAUCAAAGAGGUUUGGGUAGUUACUCUAUCCUCAACAUAAGCCAGCCAUAUGUGAGUAGGUCCAUCAGUAUUGUCACAAAUGCUAUAAACCAGUGUCUUUUGAGCCAGUGGGUAAAAUUUCCAAUGACAGCUUCUGAAAGACAGAAAGCCAGAGAAAAAUUUGAAGCAGCACCCCAACCUUUUGAAGGCACUUUAGGAGCGAUUGAUUGA